AUGAGACUCCAGACAACAUUUGCAUCCGUAGGUGGCAUGUGCCUCGCUGGGCACUUCUACUACUAUAACAGUGGUCUAUGCGAAGCUGCGCGCUGCAGAAUACUUUCUGAUACUAGCCAUAUCGGAUUUAUCGCAUACAGUAAUCCUUUUCGCUAUGCAGAAGGGACGUGGCGUACAGGUAUCCGCCCAUUACACGGUUCCGAUCCACUGAAUGUCCUAAGCGAACCUACGACAUCUUGUAAAACUGUAACCUGCAAGGAAUUUGUGGAGCAGUUUUGUAGAGCAAAAGAUGUGACCGAUGAAUCGGAAAAUACCGUGGCCGAGUACACUGGUUCCGACAGUCAUAUACGGGCACAACCUGUUAUAGAGGGGGAUGCAGAUGGGCAUUCUAAACACCUGUACAAGGUGGUAGCAUGGGUUAAAAAGAUAAUCGAAAAUAGAGACAAAACUGCCGCAUAUCUUGAAGUUGUGGACGGAACCACGUCCGUGCAUGUCCCGUUGGUAAUCCGUGACACCCAUCCAAACUACAGGGAUCUUCAAAAUGCCGAUGUCGGUGAUGCCAUAACAGUGGUAGCAACACCUGAGGCGAAGCAAACUGGCCAAGCUGACAGACUGACACCAAUGCGAUUGGUAGUAGAGAGUGAAGCUUUGGGUCACGUAUUCACGGUACACCACAGUAGUCGCAAUAGGGAUGAAAUCAGUCCGGUUGCACUAAACGGUGUCUACCCUAUGACGUACCUUCGUGAACAUUGCAAUCUCAGAGUCAGGAACCAUAUUGUACAAGCUACUUUCAGGAUCAGGUCCAAAGUAACAGAGAGGCUUUUUAACAUUAUGGCGGAUAUGGGAUUUGUUCAUGUUACAACACCUUCACUCACUAACAUGAAUUGCGAGGGUAUGGGCGAAAUAUUCAAGGUUGGUAAAGCGGUCUUUGAAUACAUGGCUCCACAGGCAAUCCCGCCAAAAACUGACGAUGACCAGCAGGUGGAUAGUACAUACCUCAGUGUCUCUGGUCAACUGGAAUUGGAGUCGUUGUGUUCCGGUAUUAGCAGGGUGUGGAAACUCGGGCCUGCAUUUAGGGCUGACCGGUCAGAUACUCCAAGGCAUCUUUCGGAGUUCUGGAUGUUGGAGGCGGAAAUGAACGGGGUCACAUUGGCUGAACUUAUAGACGUCAUACACACGAUAUUGGUACGUGCGGCCAACGUUAUACUGUCUGAGUGUCAAGAUGACCUCGCGGUGAUUGGCGCACAUGGUGAUGGAAAUGCGGCAGAAAGGCUGAAGAUGCUGGCAGGGAACUCUAACCGAAUCGAAUCAGUCACUUACAGUGACGCAGUGGGCAUGUUAAACGAACACAAGGAUUCCUUAUGUGAAUACUCGCAUGUCAACUGGGGAGAGCCCUUGACGGCAGCUCACGAACGUAGUCUUCUCAAACUUACCAAACAAUCGCUACUGGCAGUUACUCAGUUCCCUGCCAGUGUGACUCCAUUUUAUAUGGAACGUCUUUCUGACGGCACAGUGAACAACGUGGACAUCUUCGCGGAUGGAGUCGGAGAAAUCGCAGGAGGAUCUAUCAGGGAAGUACGAUACGAUAUGUUAACUAGUGCAAUGAAGGAACACGGCAUCAGCGGCGUAGAUUAUGAUCGCUACCUUGAGUUGCGCAAGUUCGGAAAUGUCACCCACGGGGGUUUUGGUAUAGGGUUUGAACGUAUACUAAUGUACCUACUCGAUAUUCCUAACAUAAGGGACGUCAUACAUUUCCCCAAGUUGCGUAAGAAAUACACUGUAGAGUGA